GCUUAGCUGUAAAGACCUGAUAAGGCUAGGCCCCUAAUUUACAAAACAGGCCCACAAAUUAGGUUCGCUAGUCGAAACGACGACCUCUUAAACCGUUUCGGCUGCGACGAAGCAAUAACUCACUCUCACCCCCAACGUUCGUGCGGUCGUUGUUAUUUUUCCCGGUCUCCGUCUCAGAAACAGGAUAGCGAACUCUUAAGAAAGCAAUGUGUGAGAGACAGAAGGGAAGAGCCUCAUCUGAAUGACUAGUAAGUGAAUAGAUUUCCUAGCCAAUUAAGCAUGCAUUGAUUAUUUGGUCCACUGUAAGCCUUGCUGUGAUGGAGUGUUUAACUUCUAGUGCUAUUCAUCUUUGUUUUUGUGUGUUGAUGUAUUUUGGAGCAUAGUACAUCGCCUGUCCCACAAAUGAGUUUGCAGGCGGCAGAGAUGGUUAUUCCACCCCCAGUUAAGUGGCCACCUAGGGUUAGAGAAUUUCUGAAACCUUAUAUUUUGAAGAUGCACUUCACAAACAAGUAUGUGAGCGCCCAAGUUAUCCACUCGCCAACUGCUACAGUUUCAUGUUCUGCAAGUUCACAAGAGAAGGCCCUGAGGUCAAGCAUCGAAAACACUCGAGAUGUAGCUACUGCUGCCAAAAUUGGGAAAAUAUAGGGGGACAGACUCCUGCUCAAGAACAUUCCUGCCAUUUCUGUUUUCCUGAGAAGAGAACAGAAAUAUCACGGAAAAGUUAAAGCUGUCAUAGAUUCUGUUAGAGAAUCUGGUGUCAAGCUUCUCUAAAAUUGCCUAGGAAGGUAUUACUGUUUUCACUAUAGGUCCAUUAUGGUGUGUUUUAACUUUUUUAGGUAUAUGCAAUGUACUUUCUAGAAGCUGCUAUCCAAUUUUAAUAAACAAAUGUUCUUCUUUAGGUCAUUCAUGGGCUGGA